AGACGUCUAAGCGGGUUCACCUUAAAGACAUUCCAGCUCGCUUGUGCUUUCAUAUUUGAUUGUUCGAGAACAGGUUUCUUAUCGAGAGAUGCAGUACACGUCAGUCAGAUGUUCGGGGCUGCUAGCGAUUGCACUGUGUUGUAUUAGCGCCACAUUGAGCUGUGAUAGGUCAAAACAAUCCCUCUGGAUCAGGAAUCCCGACUUUGAUGACGUCAUAAUCACAGGAAGCGUCCUAUCCAGUGUUAGUGAUGUCACAGGUCAUCCGGAAUGUGCACGAGAGUGUAAAGCAAAUCCCGGGUGUUUGUCGUAUUCCUACAGUGCGGAUCACACGUGCCGGCUUCACUCUGUGAGAUUUAAGAAGGGCGCUUUGAUUACCACUCCACCUUCACUUGGAAGUCGGUACUACAGUUCUGAAGCAGAUGCUUGUCCUACCAAUGAAGGGUACGUUCUGCUGGACAGUGUGGACAUAUGCUUUAAGGCAUCCGCCGAAACAAAAACACGUGAUGAAGCUCGCGUUAUAUGCAGCGGGUCUGGUGACAAGCUGAUUGUCCUCGACACGCAGGAGAAAAACUCGGCUGUAGCGGAAUACCUGUAUACAAGUGCACGUCUACAAUCGUAUUUCAUUGGCCUGACAGACGAACAAACAGAGAACCAGUUUAUCUGGGAGAAUGGAAAACUAGUUGGUUUUACCAGCUGGAUUGUUGACGAACCCGACAACUAUGGUAAUAACGAAGAUUGCGUACAGUUUACGACGAAUGGCGGUAAAUGGCGAGAUAUAAAAUGCACAGACAUACGUAGAUACAUAUGUGAAAAGCCAUGAGAUUGACAUUCUAUCCUGAAUUACGAACAGCAUGGUUAUUGUUUGCAUUUGUGUGUGUGUCAGACAAAACUCCUCUUAUCUAAGAGUUGUGCAUUGCACGUUUUUGUGUGUUACACUAUUAAUAUUGUGCUUAGGGGCGUAGCGUGGUAUGAACCUUUUGUAACCCACCACUAGACACCUAUGAGUCAUUCGCACGAAAUAUGUCAUACUGCAUUACCCACUCCUAAAUGUUAUAUAAUUAAGAAAACUGAGAUAAACAUCACAGGGAUAUUUUUAUAGCACACAGAAUUUUAGCACCUGAAUUUAUUAACAAAUGUUUAAUUUAAUAGGGUGAAAAACAAGAAUUUGCCAUGUUCUAAAUCAAGGCCAUAAGAUCAAAACUAAAUCAAAAUAGCCCAAAACUGAUUUCAUUCAGUAUUCUCGGGCUACGCCCUCGAUCAUUACUCCCGUCACUCAACGGCCGCAAAAACCGUGGUCUAACUAGACGUUAAAGGAUAAUGUAAUUAUAACCUAAUUACUCUGGAAAACAAGGUUACAUGAUUCGAUCAAGUUCAAAUCAAUCGACCAAUAACACACACACACACACACUCUCUCUCUCUCUCUCUGAUGACCUAUAUCUGUAGAAACAAGUCAGAUUCAGCUGACAUUUUCAUGGCAACAUAGUUUUAGGAAUAUCAGUUCAUCCACAAUAUAGUACAACUAGAAAGUAUUAUAAUUUUAUUUAAAAAAACAGCCUUAUUUAAAAAAAAAAAAAUUUAAAAAUCAGAAGUUAAAGAUGUUUCUUUUUAACAUUAUCAUCAGGUAAAAAAAACCGAAACUAAAACACACCCAUUAAAAAGCCACACUAUUUUAAUGUGCACCAAGACAACAUACAUCUGAUUACGCAAAACAAUUAAACUAAAUAGAAAACAUAACGAUUUCACACAAGAAAUCUGCAUACUUAAUGAAGGAAAAAACGUUUACUUGCAUAAUGUGUUUUCUUGGUAGUCCAAAUGUCUUUAAAAAUUAAAUUAAUAAUAUAAUUAACAUUAACAAUAAUAUUAUUAAUAAUAAUAGUAAUAAUAAUAAUAAUAAUAAUAAUAAAGUGGCCUAUUGGCUUAUAAGGCUCCUCUAUUUUAUUUUAAAUUUUAACGGUGGUAGAUAAUUUAUCAAUUUGUAAAGACCACUUUACAAUAGCCAUUCUUAAAAAAACAUUUUUUUUUUUUAAAUAGCACACUAUUAGAUUGUAGAGAGUGCCACAGAGGAUGACUGUACCAAGUUUCAGAAUAACCCAAUCGAAAUUCUGAGAUGAUAGAUAUCGAAGCAAACGAUAAUGGAUGACGCCGGACAGACAACAGACAAAUUGAAUGUCAUAGCAGAGGUCGAAUUUAUUUUAAAUCUUUUAAAUUUAAAACUCUAGGAGAGAUAAAAAAUAGACUGAAAAUUUUCAAAUUUUUUAAAAAUUCAAUCUUUGUUCAAAAUAUCGCUCUAUUGGUUUCAGAUGAUUACACCUGAGAAUACUAAAAUUAAGUUUCAGAACUGUCCAAAGAAAACUUUAGGAGAACAUAGACAUUUAAAUUUGAAAUUUAAUAAAAGUUCACAAGACUGUCCUAGAGAAUACUAGUACCAAGUUUCAGAAACUAUCUGAUAAAAAAUCUCGAAUAAGACAGACUUUCAAAGUUUCAAAUUAAAUUUAAAAAAUUAACACAAAUUAGUUGGUAGAGGAUGCCCCAGAAGAUCACUUGUAUUACUAUUAUCAUCAUUAUCAUCAUUUUGAAACACAAGAAGAUUAUAACAAAAUAUAUUUAUAAAUAUGUAACAGUCAACCAAGAUACACAGCUUGGCAUACCUGAUCUACACAUGCAGCUAACAGCCGAUAUAUCUCUACUAUGUGAUAAACUUGUAUAAAAACCUGUAUAUACAGGGCAUCUUGUAUAACUACUUGUAAAUACAAGGCAUCUUGUAUCACAACCUGUAAAUACAGGGUAUCUUGCAUUAUAACCUGUAUAUACAGGUCAUUUUGCAUAAUAAUAUGUUAAUCUAUUUAUUCUGGGCAUCUUGUAUCAUAACCUGUAUAUACAGGGCAUCUUGUAUAACAAACUGUAUUAACAGGGCAUUUUAAAUAACAGCCUGUUUAUUCUGGGCAUCUUGUAUAACAACCUGUUUAUUCAGGGUAGCUUGUAUAACAACCAGUCCAUAAAUGACAU